AUGGAGCCGUGUCACAUUCAGCUCUUCUGUCCCGUGCAGGAGGUGCAGACCAACACCGUGUCCCUGUGGUCCUACAUUAACAGCCAGCCGGAGGACUUCACCAACCCCUUCUACGUGGACUAUGAGCACCACGUUCUGUGUCCGCUGGUUUCCUCCAGACAUCUGGAGCUGUGGACGGGCUACUACGCCCGCUGGAACCCGCGCAUGAGACCACAGGUGCCGGUGCAUCAGACGCUGAAGGAGCUGCUGUUCUUAAGAGCGGAGCUCCAGAGGAGUGUGGAGGAGCUGCAGAGAGAUGCCACCUCCCGCUCCUCAUCCUCCUUCUCCGAACACUCCCCCUCACACACUGCGGGAACUCCUCUGCACAGUGUUGUCUGACACACAUGCACACACACAUGCACGCACACACACAGUUAAAUGCAUGUUUCAGCCCAAGUACUACAAAUACUGAUGUUUACAAUAGAAAGGAGGCUUUACAAAGAGAUUUUUAAUUUUAUAAUAACAUUCUUAAAUACACUUUUAGCAAAGUAAAAUGACCUCCUGGAGAUGUUUUUAUAGUUAAAAAAGUAUUUAAAGAAAGUAUUAAAAAUGUACGGAGCCCCUAAAGGGACAGGGGGGAAAAAUAAAGAUGUAAACGUACUUUUCCCUGUGAUAGUUGCAGUAGUUACGGCAAUAUGGGGCACUGAAUCUGAUGAAUGUCUAUCAGACCACAAAUGAGACGAGCAUUAGCUAGCUAGCCACAGCCGCUAACUGAAGUUCCAUCUUCAAAGCUACAGAGCGCUGCCGUACGCUAACUAGCUAGCUAGAGAAAAGAAUUAGCUAGCUAGACUUUUCUCGUUUGUGGUCUGAUAAACACUAAAUUCAUCAAACUCAGGGCUCCAUAUCUCUAUAUCUCAAGUAGCUGUAGCUGUCACAGGGACUCCAAUUUAACAGAAACUUAAGAAAACAUAAUAGUAUUUCUCUUUUUUUCCCCCAUGUCCCCUUAGAGGCUCUGUAGAAACUAUCCUGACACGAAGCCUGUGCUUAUUAUUUAUAUUAUUUAAAAACAAUUCCAAAAGCACAGCUCCCCGGUACUGUGGGACUCUUACCAUUCAACUCAUGAGUGUAUGAAGAAGUGCUAUUUGUCUCAGGGCUCACUGAUUCACAUGACUGAAAGCUGCCAGUAACACGCUUCCUCUUCCUUCACUUUGUUAUGACCUUAGAAUCGUCGUGACUAACGCAACAGUUCUGUCCAAAGUCACGGGCGGAAACAGAAAAUGUAAAAAUAUAUUUUUUGGAACAGGAACCACAGAAGAAAGAAUCCUGGCAUCAUUAUCCUUCACCUGCUGCGUGUUUUCCUUUAUUUGUAUUUAGAAAUAGCUUUUUUAAAUUGUAUUUGUCCUUCUUUACAUUGCCUUUCCAUGUGCCAACAGUGUCACUGCCCCCCCCCCCCCCCCCACCUUGUCUUGUACUGUAAAUCGUUGUCACACAUGAGCCAAACUACAGAUAUGUAGAGUAGCCCAGACUAGUUAGAAAUAAGCACACCUCUUAUGUAUCAUUUGUCUGUUUUAUACAGUGUAAUUAUUCCAAUGCUAUUUAACCCAUUAACACUGUCUACCUGUGGCAUGCGAUUGUGCAAAUCCUUUUUCUGUACGUGAUGUUUCUAAUAAUGAGAAGUUAAACCUCCUAAAUGAGCCAUAAUCACUUCUGACAUUCCAUUUAAAAAAAUAAAAAGGAACAAUUGAAA